UGAUUAGUUCAAGAUUCGUUCACGACUCGUUCAUUUUACUGUUCGAGAGUCAAAGAUUUGAAUCAAUAAAUAGAAUCGGUCUUCCCAUCACUAGUCUAACGAGAUUUCAGGUUAUUUACGUCCGCUCAUAUUCAAGAUGGCGCCUGUGUCGCAAUAACGGCAUUAGUGCAUGGGCGCGCCCACGAGAGAACGAAACCGAGGGGGGCGGUGUCUUGAUUGUCUGCAGACAGGAGAUCUCCAUCCUCUACUUGCUAAUGUGCUGGUAACCUCCAGAACAGACACAGAGAUAAAGGCAGGAACAGAAGGUCGUUUGCCAUCUGCAGUCAUGUCAGUGUCCCCAGCCCUCACUGACCUCUCUCACCUCUAUCAGACAGAAUUUGUCCGCAGUGCUAGAGCAAUCGGUGUUCUCUGGGCUAUCUGUACACUCUGCCUCGCCAUCAUCGAGGUGGUCAUUCUGGUGCAGCCAUCCUGGAUUGGUACUGCAGACACGGGAAGGUACCACCCAGCGGCACCCAGUGGCACCCUGGGACUGUUUGAGGUGUGCAUUGAGUCAGAUUGGCCGGUCCUGGACUGUCGAGGUGGACUGUCCUCUUUGUCUCCACUCCCCUCGUUCCAGUCGGUGGCAGUGUUGGUGGGCGUGUCCUUGUGGACAGUUUGGACCAGUCUCCUCUGUCUGUGUCUUUUUAGAUUUUGCAGUGCGGCUACAGUCUACAAAAUCUGCGCGUGGCUUCAGUUGACUGCAGGUUUCUGUCUUGCAUUGGCUUGUCUCCUGUUUCCAGACUCAUGGGACAGUCCAGAAAUGAGGUCCUUGUGUGGCCAUACAGUGAGUAGCUUCUCCUCUGGGACCUGUUCGGUUCACUGGGCCUACAUACUUGCCAUCCUGGGUGUCCUAGAUGCCGGCAUCUUAGCCACGUUAGCAUUUGUCCUGGCUAACAGACAGGAUGCGCUGCUGCCACCGGAAACCAAGGACAGCAAUGAUAGAAGUAACCACCAGCCUGCUGAUGUCUGCAUAAUGUCAGCAUGAUGUCAUCAGGAAGAUCUCCAUGUUUCCCCCUAAUUGCUGUGAAAACACUUAACCUUGCAAUGCACGGAACGGAGAAAAUGUCAUGGAUGAUGAGAAGUCGGUCGUCAAGAUGUCAGGACUUAUACCCUGCCUUCUAACGUGGUUUUUUUUUUUUUCCUUAAAGUGAGGAAAGGUCUAUUGAUGCUAAGCUAACAAAAUACAGAUAAUGUUGGUGUUAUUCAGACUCAGCAGCUGCUUUAUGUUGUCGUUUUGAAGUCACCGCUUAUGAUAAUGAUCUAAGUGUGCAUUUGCGUUUCUGUAUUAUUGAAUGCCAGAAGAAGCUUUUUAUUUGUCCUUAUGUCCUUCCGUUAUUCUCAGAUAAACAUUUUCAACAGGACACUGUCUCCAAACCAAGUCCAUUAAUAAAAUGGAGCUGAUGG